CGCAGAAUCCGCCGGCGCCACGCCUCCCUGAGGCUCCCGCCGCAGUUGCCCUCCAGCGCCCAGCACCGGGCGAGGCCGGCCGCCGCGGGCACGGGCGCGGGCGACCCCGGCCGCCGCCGGCGCGGGCGAGCUCGGCCCCGGCCUCUUCCACUGUGCCUCACCCGUCCUAUCCUCGCCGCUGUGGCCGCCACUGCUCCGUCCUGACCCCGCGCUCGCACCAUCCCCGGCGACUCAUCCACGCCCCGCUCCAUCCUCACCCAGGCGUCGCCUUCGUCGUCGUCCGUCUCCACACUGCCCGCGUCCCUCCGGCCUCGGCGCGUCACACGCUGCGGCCGCGCUGUCGUGGACCUCGCCGUCUCACUCCACGCUCGCCACAGGCCGCCCCGCCCCCUGCUCGCCUACCGCGUCAUCAGCGCCUCCGGCUUCGGUGUAAUUUGGGGGCUAUUGCGGUUGCUGGAGCUCUCUAAACGGAAUCGAUGAGAGGAGGAGUCGGAAAAGGCGCAAACACUUCGUAUAUCCAAUAUAAAGUAAUCCGCAUCUCUCCCUCUCCGGUUCCCGUCCCGUCCCCUAUCUGCCGCUCGCAAGCCUCGCAUCCGCUCGCAAAGGGCGCCGCCUCCGCCUAGCGAAUUCGAGACUUCCGGAGAUUGGGCCGCCUGGGUGAGCCGCGCCAUCCUGCCGGCAUCACCUGCUCCCUUUCGCUGCGGCGUCGCUGCUCACCGGUGGCUGGCCGUCGGUGGUCUUCCAGAUCCACGCUUACAUUUGAAGCUUCCACACAAAAUCGGAAGCUUCGCUUCACUCGGCCCUCGUCCUCCGCCGCCUUAGCCGCCCCUGCCGCCUCCGUUUAGAGCUGCUCUCGAUUCGUCCCGCCCAGAUGUCUGUGAAUGCUGUUGGGUUCUCUCUCCCCUCUCUGGGUGUGGGUGUGACAGGAACAGGACGCGUUUGCCGUGUUGAGGUGCCGGGCCCUUUCUGUCUGCAGUGCAGCGACUAAUAAGGCUUUAUUAUGAGUAUUAGCAUUUUAGCCAGAAAGGAAGACAUGGAGACUAGGAAUUGUCCAGCAAAGAGAAAAAGAUUGAUGCUUAGUAAACAGACAGACUUAUAUGGGAUUAAUUUCUUGUCACUUCCUGAGGACAUUGUGUCACGGAUUAUAGAAGGCAUAACCUUGAAGGAAGCUGUCCGGAUGAGUAUCGUAUGCAGCAAAUUGAGAAAAUCCUGGAUUUACCAUCCUAAUCUUGACUUUGAUAUUUCGACAGUGCCUGCAAGCAGUCGACAUAAUAUAAUGCAGGGCCUUAAGAGGUUUAUUGACACAGUCAAUUUUGUCCUAAGGGAACACAGUGGAUUAGCUUUGAACAGAUUGGCUGUUAACUUUCAAUUGCAUAAGGAACAUGCAAAUGAUAUUGAUGGAUGGGUUUCCUUUGCUAUCUCAUCGAAGGCAAGGGUUGUGGUGCUCAAUUUUUCUCCAUAUCUGGGACAACAUGAAAAUAACUAUAGCUUCCCAUGUCAUCUUUUUAACAACCAAAAUUCAUCUCACCUUCAGGUCCUUCGACUUGAUAGUGUUACCUUGGAUCCAAGUCGAGAAUUUUGUGGCUUUUCAAAUCUUACAACACUUGCUCUGGUGCAUGUGCUUAUAUUGCAAGAUUUGCAGUACUUUUUAUUGAGAUGCCCUUUACUGGAGUGCCUAACCAUCCGACGGUGUCCCGAGCUACAUAAUUUACAUGCUACUCAACCAUUGCAGUGUUUGAAAUUUCUGUGUGUCCAAGAUUGUGCUAUCCACAGGAUUGAUUUGCAUGCCCCCAAUCUCACAUUGUUUGAGUACAGAGGUGGUUCAAAAGUGCUUUUUGCACUUAACGAAUGCCUGAAGCUGAAGGCAGCAACUGUUGCAUUUUGUGUUGAGGACAACGUUGGAUAUGUUUUUACUGAAAUUCCAAAGGGAUUGCCUCAUAUUGAGACUCUACGUGUUGAAGUGAUUGUGAAAACUCAGAUACAUGGAUUUAUGAAGGCUCCUCUCAGAUUUAUGCAUUUAAGGAAUUUGAUCAUGGACAUAACCUUUGGAUAUGCUAAACGAUUGAGUAAAAAUGCAGUCCUUCAAUUAGCUUAUCUGUUGGAAGCAGCUCCCUUUUUGGUGAACCUACAUGUGGAUAUGUGCUGUGCAUUUUGUAGUGAGCGCCGCCCUAAAAAAGACGUGAUUGCGGAUCACCCUCACCAUAACCUGAAGGAUGCCUGCAUAACCGGUUUUAAUGGCAAUGGAGGCCAAGUUGCGCUGGUAAAAUAUAUCCUUCGCAAUGCAAUACGACUGAAGCGUAUGGCUGUAGAUCCGAGAAGAAAAAUACUGGGGGCAAUGGUAGAAGAAUUUGAAGGCCGGAUGUUAGCUGAGUCCGAACUGGUGCCGCAUGACAGGAAUGGCGUGCUGACAAUUUUGGGGUGAUACCUAUGUUUAUAAUUUAUGGCCAUUCGACAAGCCUUCGAUUAUGAUUUGUAUAAGGAGUCUACUAGCAUGUAUGAAUAAUCACAAGAUAAUUCUGAGUUACUGCUGACUGUUAUGCAGACAUAAUACAUCUCGGAUCAGUAGCAUGUAUGAACGAGAACAUGACAAUAAUUAUCAUCAACAAUUCGGGGACAUGACAUUCCCUGUGGCC